AUGGCGAAAGAUAAAAAAGGCAAGAAAGGGAAGGCAGGGAAAAAGGAGAAGGAAGUGGAGGAGAGUGGAGAUGCUCCGGCAGAGGAUCCGGAGAAAGUCUCCGAAGUUGACCGUUGUCAAUACGACAUUCAAAUUCUCGCCCUUGACAAUAAGAUAAAACGGCUAACCGAGGAACUGAAUCAAAAAAUUGAAAGGCGCAAGCAGAUCGGAGAGGAUCUUGUCAAUGCCGAAAAAGACAAACAUCGCUCAAUCUCAUUCUUGAACGAUAAGCUCAAGCGAAAAGUCGAAGAAGCCGAGGACGUUAGCGAUCAUCUUGAUGGUGCUAAGAGAGAAUAUGAAAGUUCUAUAAACGGCCUUCUGGAGAAGAUUGAGACGCAGAAAUUGACAUUCGAGGAUAACAAGCGUGCUUUGAAUAAAGAAAUUGAUGACUAUAAAGACGAAAUUGCAUCUUUGAAUCACUUCCAGGAAGUUCGUGAGCAAAUGGAAGAGCACGAAGUCAACCUUACUAAAGAGGUUGCAGCGCAAAAGGAAGCUUUUCAAGCUGACUUAGAGCUUUUGAAGCACCAGGACGAACAGGAUCUUAUUCGUUUACGGGGCGAAAUGAUACGUCAGGUCAACGCAACCGCCGCUGAGUUCAGGCGAGACACUGAUCAAUUAAUUCCGCCCACAAUCAAGCGUGCCAUCCGCGAGAAUCAUGGAUUCAGACUCACUCUACGCAAGCUAAAUCGCUGCAAACGCCAUCUCGAUGAUGAGUCCGCCGAGAUCAAAGCCAAAAUGGAAGGCGUCCCAGAAAAGCUUCACUCUCUCCACCUUACUGAAAAGGAUCUCGCUCAGCAAUCUUACAACAAGAGCUAUCUUAUCCAACUCCUGCGCAAAAAGUUACAAGACACGAAGAAGAAGCUUGCCGAGUACAGAGCUUGCGAAGAAGAGAGGGAGGCCAACAAGAACACUUUGAAUAAACUUCGCGAGCAUCUUCAGUCGGAAAGCAAUGAAUUCGAAGCGAUGCAAAAAGAAGCGAAACGGCUGGCAAAGGAACUCAGAGAUCAUCAAGACGAAAUUCAAUCCACAGAAAGCGAAUGUAUCAACAUUCGCCCUCUACUACAGUCCUGUGUUUAUGAACUAUUGGAAAAAAGCCGGAUCGAGAAAUCUACUUUCGAAAAACUUGCUAGAGAGCUCGGCGAAGAGUGUGAAAUUGACGAGGAGUUCCUUAACUUUCCAGUUGGAUCACUUGAACCCAUUUUGUAA